ACACGCGUUGUCAAGCAAAACGAAAGCGAUUCAUAUUUGAGGUUGUCAAACUAAAAGCCAAAUAAAGAUAUCAAAAUAAACAAACCGAGAACAAGGGAUUUUUGUGGUUAUGAUGUGAAGUUUUUACUAAGUUUAGUCUUAUCAUAUUGAAGUCAUACCGAUAAUAGAAUAAACAUGGAAUCUUUUGUGCGUUAUCGAAACAUUUUAUUAUUAUUUGUAUUUGUAAGCGGCGUGAAUUCGUUGCCAUAUGACGUGCACUGGCUGGGAGGUCCUACUAUAAUUGAUAGGGAGAUCAAACCAAAUAAAGAAACAAUUGACAUCUACUGUUAUAGUGGAUGUAAUAAGAAUUUAUUUGUGUUGUGGCAGACAGUCAAGUUUAAUAUAAAAAUAAAAAAUGAUGAAUUCAACCAGUACCUCGGAGAUAAUCCAGAGGAUGUCUAUAAAGACUAUACAGAGAACAGCUAUGGCUGGGCCGUUGUCAAUCCAUUUCAGAAGAAAUCAUACAAAAGUAUCUCAAUUGACCUAUUUACACCAACAUGUAUGGCCAUAGACACAAAACAUCGCCAUAGUAUAGAGUUGCAUAUACAGAGAGUUGACAUGUGGAGAGUACUUCUAAUGGCCCUUGGUCUAGUGUUAAUAUUCUCCUCAAAAGCAUUAAGUGGAAAUCCAGUAUUCUUCUAUGUCUGUGGAGUUCUGGUCGGAGUGUCAGCUUCCUUUUUGCUCCUGGUCUAUUAUUUUAGCAAGCUACUACCUAGGAAAACGCUAACAUAUGGAUUACUGAUUGGUGGUUGGACAGUAGGAGUGUACUUACUCCGUCAGGCCUGGGAGAAUGUACAGAGUAUCCUGAUGUCGUACCAAGUGUAUAUGUUCUGGUACACAUUGGUUGUGACAUUCGUUAGUUUUGUAGUCUGCUAUAGAAUCGGUCCGCCAAAGAACCAGAGGAGCAAAAAUCUUGUCAUGUGGACAUUACAGGUGAUAGGGGCUAUAAUGAUAUUCUUCAGCAGUCAGUACCGCGAGGCGUCGACCACGGUGUGCGUUUUGGCACUCUGCAUUAAAUAUUUCCCGCAGACCUGGCUCUACAGGGUACAGGCAUAUUGGCGACGUAAGUUCCCUCCUCAGCGACGUCUGCUGACCAGCGAGGAGUAUUACGAGCAGGGCGCGCGCGAGACGAAGCGUGCGCUUGACAGCCUUCGCCAGUACUGCAGCAGUCCUGACUGCAAGCAGUGGAACGUCAUUAUGAAGAUUAGUGAUGCCAAAAGGUUCGCAAGUUUUGUGGAAGGUAACUCCCACUUAAGUGAUGAUGAAGUGAUGGACUACGAGUCGUACGCGUUCUCAUUGGAGCGGGACAAGCCUGUCGCUAACUCCACUCGCGCGUACGAUAUCUCUGAUGACGACUCUUCUACUGAUGAUGAAGACUAUCUUUGAUGAAAUGAAGAUCGUGGUGAUGUAAAGUGUGAUCAAAAUGUAUAAAGGAUGUCGAGGAGAGUUGUGUGAGAUAUUUGUUACUAUCUCGAUAUUAAGAAGUGUAUUCAGGGGUCAGUAAUAUUUGGUUUCAGAGUGAUAUUUUUAGUAAUUUCUAUGAAUUUAUUAUGUCACAAAGAGGCAUUUUGAUAAGUAACGUUUUAGGUUCUAGUUUAUUUUAUCGUUUAGUUAAAAAAUUUCAAGGACUUUUGGAGAUCUUAUAAAAAAAGAUCUUUUAUUAGGUGCGCAACUAAGUUCUCGCUUUUUUUUUUCGAUAAAAAUAUAACUUUAUUAUUAAAAAAUGGUCACAAAUGAAUCAUUCAAAGUUUUGCCCAUCGCUAGACACAACUUUUUCCCAUCUUUCUGGUAGAGCUCGAAUACCUUGACGCCAGAAGUGUCCUUAUAAUUUUUCUUACAAUUUGUUCAAUGGUUAAAAAUGUUGCUGACCUCUGCUGCAUAGUUUCUACCUAAAACGAAUCUUUUUUUUUUGUUUGAAAGCUUAUGUGUUCUUAGUUUUAUUUCUUUAGAUUUUUAACAUA